CGUGACCUCCUACCAGAGCGAAGGCCACACCGAGAACUGGCGCGAAGUGGUAGUUCCCGAUACGACGGGCGCUUUCCGCUCAGGUACCAGUGCUGCUAAUAUGAAUAUGUUUCAGAUGUCUAUGGGGAACCCAUUUUUGGUGCUGUACUUCCUCAUGAACUUUGCCAAGGGUUCAUGUGAAAUUUUGCUCAGAGAUGAAGGAAUCCAGAAACUUUACAAAUCAAAUGAGAAAUUUGAUGCUGUUAUCACCGAAGACUUUUACCAAGAAUGUUUUCAUGUAUUUGCACACAAGUUUAAGGCACCUCUGAUCCAGGUUAUUCCUUAUGAAGGAUCUCAGUGGGCUGGAGACAAGAUGGGAAAUCCAUCAAAUAUUGCAUACAUCCCAGAUCCUCUCUUUGCCUACUCUGACCACAUGGAUUUUUUACAGCGGCUAAUGAAUGCUGCAUACGGAACAUUGGGAAGGCUCCUUCAAUAUUGGUACGUUCUACCGGCUCUUGAUGCCAUAAUUCAGAAGAACCUCAAUGACUCAACAAUUCCUAGCCUGGCUGCCUUGGAAAGACAAACAUCACUGAUGCUCUUUAAUACACAUGUGAGCAUUAGUUAUCCAAGACCCCUACUGCCAAACAUGAUAAUGGUUGGUGGUAUGCAUAUAAAGGCACCAAAGCAACUUCCAGAGGAUUUGCAGAAGUACCUUGAUGGAGCAAAAGAAGGAGUGAUAUAUUUCAGUAUGGGAUCAAAUCUAAAAAGUGCUGACAUGCCAGAAGAGAGAAGAGCAGCUUUUCUAGCAGCCUUCUCAAAACUGAGGCAGAAAGUUCUCUGGAAAUGGGAGGAUGAUAGUCUACCCAACAAGCCACCAAAUGUGAUGAUUGGUAAAUGGUUGCCACAGGCAGAUAUUCUUGCUCACAAGAAUGUAAAACUUUUUGUCACACAUGGAGGACUGCAUAGUACUUUGGAGGCAUUACAUCAUGGAGUUCCUUUAAUUGCUAUUCCAGUUUUUGGAGACCAGUCACUUAAUGCAAAUCGUGCAAGAAAUGCAGGAUAUGCUGUAAAACUUGAUUUUGCAAAUGUUACCACAGACUCACUGCAAUGGGCACUAUCAGAAAUUUUAGAAAACCCAAGGUACACAGAGAAGGCAAAAUUUUUGUCAAAACUUUUCAGAGACAGACCAAGGCCUCCAAUGGAAGAGGCUAUAUACUGGACAGAGUAUGUCAUUAGGCACAAAGGUGCUCCUCACAUGAGGUCUGCAGCUCUGGAUCUGACAUGGUACCAAUAUCUGCUACUAGAUGUCAUUGCUGUGGUGUUGUUGGCUGCGGUUGCAGUAGCUGUGUUCCUAAUUAGGAUAGUCCUAGCUGCCUCGCCCAGUAUUGUUCAGUUAUUUCCUGUUUUGCAACCAGCUUGUGGGCAGGAAGCUGCUGUUGAUGCUUUGAGAGAGGAGCAGCGACGCACAUUGCGUAUUUCUCCAGAAAAGAUGCAAGCCAUUCACAUCGCACUGCUGUUCUGCUUGCUGGGUGGCCUGGAUGGAGCUCACUUCCUGGCAUUCUUCCCUCUGCACGGGCGUAGCCACUGGAUCCUGGCACAGAGCUACCUGCGAGAACUGGUUGCGAGGGGGCACAAGGUCACCUUCGUUACGCCCUUUAAGAGUGAAGGCCACACAGAAAACUGGCGUGAAAUAAUCAUUCCUGACACAAGGAAUACGUUUGGUACAGGUUCAGUGAAUAUGUUUCAGUUAUCUGUGGUCAAUCCAUUCAUGGGACUGUUCUUCCUUUCAAAUUAUGGAAUACGUUCCUGUAACUUAAUCCUUGGAGAAGAGGAAAUCCAAAAACUAUAUAAAUCCAAUGAGAAAUUUGAUGCUGUUAUCACUGAAGAUUUUUAUCAAGAAUGUUACCACGUAUUUGCAUUCAAGUUCAAUGUGCCUCUGAUCCAGAUUGUUCCAUACGAAGGACAUCAGUGGGUUGGUGACAGGGUGGGCAAUCCAUCAGAAAUUGCUUACUUUCCAGAUCCUCUCUUCGCUUACUCCGACCACAUGGAUUUCUUUCAGCGGCUUAACAAUGCUGUGUUUGGAACAGUGGGAAGGCUUUUUCGACAAUGGUACAUACUGCCAGGCAUGGAUGCUGCAGUUCAGAAGCGUCUCAAUGAUUCAGCAAUUCCUAGUUUGGCCACCUUGGAAAAGCAAACGUCAUUGAUGCUCAUUAAUUCCCAUAUGAGCAUUGGAUAUAUAAGACCACUAGUGCCAAAUAUUAUAAUGGUUGGUGGCAUGCAUGUGAAGCCACCAAAGCAGCUUCCAGAGGACUUGAAGAAGUACCUUGAUGAAGCAAAAGAAGGAGUGGUAUACUUCAGUAUGGGGUCAAAUCUAAAAAGCACUGAUAUGCCAGAAGAGAAAAGAGCAGCCUUCUUAGGAGCAUUCUCCAAAAUAAGACAGAGGGUACUAUGGAAAUGGGAGGAUGAUAACCUUCCCAACAUUUCACCAAAUGUGAUGAUUAGUAAAUGGCUGCCACAGUCAGAUAUUCUUGCUCACAGGAAUGUAAAACUGUUUAUUACACACGGUGGGCUUCUUAGCUCCUUGGAGGCACUGCAUCAUGGAGUUCCUUUAAUUGCAAUUCCAAUUUUUGGGGACCAGAGGCUCAACGCAGACCGUGCAACAAAAACAGGUUAUGCAGUGAAACUCGAUUUUGCAAAUGUUACCACAGAAUCAGUGCAAUGGGCACUAUCGGAAAUUUUAGAAAAUCCAAGAUACACAGAGAAGGCAAAAUUUUUGUCAAAACUUUUCCGAGACAGGCCAAGGCCUCCAAUGGAAGAGGCUAUGUACUGGACAGAGUAUGUUGUUAGGCACAAAGGUGCUCCCCACAUGAGAUCUGCAGCUCUGGAUCUGACAUGGUACCAAUAUCUGCUACUAGAUGUCAUUGCUGUGUUGUUGUUGGCAGUGGUUGCAGUGAUUUUUACAGCUGUGUUCCUAAUUAGGACAGUUUACAGACUUGUAUGCGGCAAAAGCAGUAAAGUGAAAAGUGGGGGGCAAAAGAAAGGUGUGAAAAAAGACUGAAACAUUGUUACAUUUCUGUCUGUGUAACACAGAUGAACUUGUAUAUAUGAAACUAUUAAAAUGUGUCUACCGGUA